AUGUACAAACCAGCUUCUGAUGAUGAGGAAGCCAUGCAGGUUGAUGAAAUAGAGGAUGUGGUGAAGAAGCCUAUUGCAGUCAAGAUGCAGCAAGUUAACACCGUGAAAGUUUCACAUACUACAGCCAUGAUAUCCGUCAGUACUGUAUCUUGCUGUGACAACAAAGUUCCCCCCUCAAAGAAAGCAAAGACAACACAUGUGAAGUCUGAACACCCAGUGUCCACCACCAGUGCCAGGCCUAAGGGGGAUGGCAAUUGGGUUGCCACAAAGAUGGAAAAUGGGCCAGGCAGUUUUUACCAACAGUCUUUCUCUGGCUUGGUGCUCAGAAUGAACUUUGGACAUGCUUUUGUGCAAGAGCUGCUCACUACUGCACAUCUUGCCCAGAUUAUUGGGCAUGCUGAUGUUCCCACACUUGAUACCGAUACUCUAGCAGACAGUGGCAUCAUCUCAGCUUGUUUAAAGACACCAAAGUCCUUCAACAAGGUAACUGGAAAGGAAAUGGCCACUGAGCAUGCAUUCUCAAUUGCCAAGUGGGGCCUGAAAACUGCUUCAUUCAUUCGAGGGGUGAAUAAGAAGGGCAUGGAAUCAAUCUGGCUGACAAUGUCCAUGGCCUACAAGUACUUGAAGAAACCUGGCUUCAACAAUCACAACAGCCUUGACUCAGUGGAUGAGAUGGAUGACCAUGCAGACAUCUGCCAUUCUUGGCUCUCUUUAGAUCUGGUUUUAAUCAUUUUCUCCUGA